AUGGGACGCGAUUCGGCCUUGUUUAAGCACUUGACCCAGGUGGAUUUCGAGGAAAUCCGACAGAAAGGCACGCGCGAGGCAAAGGAGGUUAUUGACCGGGUAGCCGAAACCGGUCUGGAGUACUUUCUCGGCGGCCCUCAUGUUCUUUAUAAGGAUGCGGUUACGGAAUUCUUCAAUACCGCAACCAUCUCUGACAAAAAGAUCACCGCAACUGUAUGCGGUACUGAAAUAGAGCUCACCGAGGCAUCGGUGGCUAAGAGCCUGUGUCUUCCAACGGCCGGCCAGGAUGCAACGGCGGACAUCGAGCUCAAAACCUUUGAGGCAGCAUGCCAGAUACUCUCGGCGACUAAGGAGACGAUAAAAGUAUCCGGUAGCAAAUCAACGUUGAAACCGGAGUAUAUUCCAAUCUGUGACAUAUUUGCACGAGCGAUUCUAGCACGGGGAGGAAACUAUAGCAGCUUAACAAAGGACAAAAUCAGGAUGCUACCGGCCCCCGGUUCCACAGGUGGCCGAAAGAAGGCGACCGGCAAGAAAGCGGCCCCAGCCAAAGAAAAGGCCGAAAGCAAAGGAAAAGAGAAAGUCACUUUCUCGGAACCGCCGCAGCAAACGGAGGAUGAAGAAUCGGCUUCCCACUCUGAAAGAACCGAUACAGAAAAGACCGAUGAUGAAAGAUCGACCAAUGAAGAAGAGCAUUCGGGCCAGAGCCCCGAUAAUGCCGGACCUGACACCAACCCUGAGACCACCGAGGGUGGUGAAGAUGAUGGUGAAGAAGGUGGUGAAGAAGCCGGUGAUGAAGGCGGCGACAAAGAUAAUGAGGAGGCCGAAGAAGCAGAGGCUGAUAGGGUACAACUACGGAAGCUAACCACACGCAUCCGGAAGAUUACAGAGAAGUUCGAAGAGGUGGGACCGGAAGACACCUUAACACCGCGGGUGUUAGAAAGGCUUGAAAAAGCCAAAGGAGACCUUAUUCAAGAAAUUGACCGGCUAGAGGCAAUGUACAGUCACAGAGAAAUACCGGUCUAUACUGCUCCCCGGAUCGAAACGAGUCCGGAUCACUGUCCAACACCUCCAAGGGAGAAUGCGGCAUCAGAAGAAUCCGAUGAAAGGGCGGAUCCUCUUCUCACCGGGAAAUCUCCACUUACACAACCGGAAGUCUCCGAAUCAGACUUCACAAAGGAAUGGGUUGAAAGCCGUCUUCAAAGGUUUGAAGACUCAACAACAAAACGGAUUGAUAGCCGUAUUCAAGAGUUUGAAGACUCCGCGGUUCAGCCAUUCAAGGAGAGAUUCCAAAGAAUCGUUUGCUCGGCACUCAAGUUCGCCGACACCACAAGGUAUCUUUUGGACAAAACGAAAGAACGGCUCUCAGAAAUCGACGAAGAUCAACAGGAAGAGGCGGUUCUGCGCAGUAAAUAUUUUAAGCGAACCGUAAUUUUGGAGGAUACGACCUCCGAGUUAAAGGAAAACUUUGGCCGGCUUGAAAGAGAGACCGAUCAACGAUUGGCGGAGGUUGCUGAGGACCUGAUAAAUGCGGAUGCCGCGGUUGUAGAGGCUAAUGCCCAAGCGGCUAAGAAGGUCCAGGAUGAGCUGGACGCCGAAGCAAGUAAAGAGAAGGAGGCACCGCGAUCAUCCCAACUUACCGAGGAAGAAGAGGAAUCCGAGCGACUUCGAAGGGCAGAGGCCAAGUUCCCGGGACUUACAAAGAAAGCAGCCGCUCAAGCUGCAAAGGAUGUUGCGCGGUUAGAAAGGGAGAGACGGAGGCUGGAAGGUUUCGCGGACGACAAUAAAAAGAAAAAAGGCGGCCUCUUCUGCUUCAGUUCCGACUAA